UGGCACUCAGGCAUGACCGUCGAGCAAGUAAGCUAUGAGUAUCGACGACCAUGGCCCUCCAAUACUCCCUCUCAGGUCUCUCAUAGCAUCCAAUAUGCACUAGCACUGGCUCUGUUUUGCAAUAACACCUACCUCCAUAAGACCAGUCCUGCCUUCCACGAUGAGUACCCCUCGCCUCUCAUUCCUCUAUCCCAACUUUUUACGAGCUGUGCGCGCCUGCGAACCAACCACUCACCGAUCGUUGCGGAGCCCUCCUCCAGCGGUCAAAACUCGCAAGGCUGGAUUUCACUCCACCCGUCGACGACCUCAAGACGCUAUCACACAACGGUAUGGACAGGCGGCGACGCAAAAUCUUCCUCCACCGUCGAAACCAGGGGAUCAGGUAGUAAAGGCGGACAAGGACCAGGAGAAGGAGAAGGAGAAGGACAAUGUCAAGGACGCAAGAAGUGAAACCUCAGCGUCGGACGCAGAACCUGCCAAAGAAAACAAAUCCAAAUCCCCAUCUCACACGGAAAAUGACCAAGGCGUCGGACAAGAUGAACCACAGGAUUCCAACACAUCCUCCGACUACAUAGACGAAGCCUCGUUCUCCCGCCCCCAAAAACACCAAAUCAAACCCGAAGACGAAUCCCCAUUAACCAACAAAGAACUCGACAUGGUUCUCUCUAUCCCCUCCCCCUCGGAGGUCAAAGGCCAACAAGAUUCCUCACGACACCCCCAUCUCGAACCCUCCCCUUACGAACACCAUUUCGACACCUACGGCCUGGUUCAACAACUCGCCUCGGCCUACACGGAAGAACAAGCCAUCACAGUGAUGAAAGCCAUCCGGUUAAUGCUCGCGCUCAACCUCGACGUCGCCAAGGAAGGUCUGGUGUCCAAAUCCGACAUCGAAAACGAAUCCUACCUCUUCCGCGCCGCAUGUUCCGAACUCCGCACCACAUUACAAACCGCACGCCAUUCCGAAGCCCAAGCUCAACGAUCCCAACGCGCCCAAUUACAACAUGAACAUGAUAUUCUCAAUCAAAAAGUAACCCAGGAUUUACUUACCUUGCGAGAAGAUCUGAAGGCUUUGUUCAACGAUCGUAAACUCGGGUUACAGGAAGACAAGAGAAAAAUCGAUUCCAAGAUUCAGGAGCUUAAUUAUGAAAUCACGGUUUUGUUGAAUAGUGAGGCUAAGGGUGAGGUGGAGGGAUUGAGGUGGGUUUUGACAAGGAGAGCCGCUUUUGCGAUCGGGGUUUGUGCUUUUAUGAUCAUCAGUACAUUGAACUACAGCUCGAUCAAAGCACGUGAAAGGGAAGAAGCGGAGAAGAAACGGAAAGCUGCGGCCAAGGCUCAGGAGGAGAAAAUCCAGGCGGAAAAUGCCGCGAGAUAUACGACGCCGACUCGUGUUCAGGGUACUCAGACGGAGUAUGAGGAGCAUUUAGGAUAGUGUGGAGGGAAUCGAAUGAUGAAUCAACAAACCAAGCCCUGGUUUAUUUAAACAGAUGUUGUAUCGAUUGUCAAAUAUCGAAUAGUAACAGUCUGAUUGGGCAUGGUUAUCCCCACUAGACUCUUUGAAUUCCUUCUCAAAUACAUUGUGAAGGUCAAGUGAGGACUCUUUCAUGUAUAGCAAAUCACAAUGACGCGUGACAGAACGAUGA